CUGGCCAGGCGGGAGUUUAGUUUCACACUUGCGGGCGAUGUUUAUUUGAGGUAUCAAAGUUUUGAGACCUCGUCGGAAUUCCGCAAAGAAUUAGUUAAACUCUGUCCGCACAAAAUCGAUAUCGGCGCCGUAUACUCCACAGCGCCCAAGAAACAUCGGGCAAUAUUACCUUCCUCAUUUAAGUUUGACACUCGUUUCAUAUCUGUAAAAUGUAAAGUGCUACUGCAAGACUGGGUGGGCUCCAACCCUAACCUUAUGCUUUCGGACAAGCCGAUUGAGGCAGCAGACGAAUUUGUCUACCUGGGCAGCUGUAUCAUUCUCAGUGGCCUCGUUUAA